CGGGGUCUGCCUCGGCGUGGGGAACCCCGGGGAAGCCGUCCGCGUGGUGGGUGGGGUUUGGGCACCUGGUGAGAGGGCGGCGGCGAGGAGGUCCCUUUCCUUCCCCCUUGGAGCAACUUUGGCAACAGAGCGGGAGCUAAGCUUUGGGGUAGAUACGCGGCUCUGGGUGAAACUGGCGAAGGAACAGAGGGAAGGAUAGCUCAGUAGCGCUGCGGGCACGGCGGGUGCCAUGGCCCUGAUUGAAGGGGUGGGUGAUGAGGUGACUGUCCUUUUCGCGGUGCUUGCCUGCCUUCUGGUGCUGGCUCUCGCCUGGGUCUCCACGCACACCUCGGAGAGCGCUGCCCCGCUGCCCCAGCCGUCAGGGACCCCGACACCAGCGCAGCCCAGCGGAGCCAUGGUGGUCACCGACGCUGUCAGAGGGGAGGCCCCGGGAGCCGAGACUCCCAGCCUGAGGCACAGAGGUCAAGCUGCACAGCCAGAGCCUGGCACGGGGCUCCCAGCAGCCACACCCCCGCCAGACUCCCCGCAGGAGCCUCUAGUACUCCGGCUGAAGUUCCUCAACGAUUCAGAGCAGGUGGCCAGGGCCUGGCCCCACGACACCAUCGGCUCCCUGAAAAGGACCCAGUUUCCCGGCCGGGAGCAGCAGGUGCGACUCAUCUACCAAGGACAGCUGCUGGGAGACGACACCCAGACCCUGGGCAGCCUUCACCUCCCCCCCAGCUGCGUUCUCCACUGCCACGUGUCCACACGGGUCGGUCCCCCACAGCCCCCCUGCCCGCCGGGGUCAGAGCCAGGCCCCUCCGGGCUGGAGAUAGGCAGCCUGCUGCUCCCCCUGCUGCUGCUGCUGCUGCUGCUGCUCUGGUACUGCCAGAUCCAGUACCGGCCCUUCUUUCCCCUGACAGCCACGCUGGGGCUGGCCGGCUUCACCCUCAUCCUCAGCUUCCUGGCUUUUGCCAUGUACCGCCCGUAGUGCCUCCACGGGCUCUGGGCAGUGUGGCUGGCCCCUCAGGACCUUGGUCCCCACCGCGCCGUGGGAGCUGCUGUCUGCCCAGGCCCACCUCUCUGGCCUGUCUCUUCCCCCUGCCCCGGAGCCCAGCCCUGCGCCGCCGCAGAGCCCUCCAGGGGCAGGAGGCCCCGCUCUGUGACCUCCGCGGCUCUGAGCCACCGUCGGGGGCUGCAGGCUCUCGGCCACCACUGACCGAGGGCUCCUCCGGGUCAGCCGGCUGCUGUCGCUGCCUUGGCCCUGGGCAGAGUGGGGCCACACCGCCGGGCCCGGCCUAGUGUUCUGCCGGAAGACCCGGCCACCUCCAGUCCCUAAUGCUCCUAGUGCUGAUGUGGGACGCAGGGACCCUGGGGGGUGGGACGGGCCGAGGGGCGAUCUGGAACUUGUGCUGAUUAAAUAACUGUGAAGUUUUCA